GCCAAUGGAAAGUGUCUCGUGCUCGGCAAACGACCAUUUGCCACCCAGAUCAUGAUCAAUUGAGCGCCCACCAUCGAGUGCUGCGGAUUUGCCGCCAUGCUGAAUAAUCGGUGCGCGCUUCGCUGGUCCCGCUGAGGUCUCAAGCCAUGUCUCGUCACCCAGACGACCACUUCAACACGCACCUCGACGACCGCGUUUCCUGACAGCCUGCAAAAUGUGUACAUACCCACAGCCCUUGAGGUACUCUUACUUUACAACAAACCAAUCUUCCGGCCCCCGCGGACGAUGAUGGAUGGUUUGAUGCGACCAGAUCUCUUUCGUCCUCCUUGGCAACCGUCGUGGCUGGACUCUGAACACUCUUCAGCAACGCAGUUACCCAUUCCAGGCCCCCGACAGGUCUGAAGGGAUGCAAGUAUAUAUGCGUGAGAGUUGACACACCGCGGAGCAUUCAUAUGUCCAUUUCAAAACCCUUCUCUCAACCUUGUUGUACCACCCCCGCCACUCUCUUCAAUCAUCUAUCUGCUGGCCAGAUAACCCCCCAAUGACCCGCCGCUCCCCACCCUCCCACCUCACCCUCCUCCCAACCCACAUUCCCACUCCACCCCGGGGUGCCCCCAAAUUCUUUCUCCCCCACUUUCCUUGCUCCCUCCCAACAACUUCUUCCUCCCCUAUCCCCUCCCUCCCUCUAGGGUCAUACGCAUACCCUUCUUUCUCCCCCUCCCCGCCCACUGAAAUAUCCCCAGCUACCCAUCCCCGAUCUUCUUCUCCAUCAUCUACUUCAUCCCACUCUUCUCCGGGGCAUAAGAAAUCCCUAUCACUAACCCCUUCUCUCCCACCUCCCCCGCCAGAGAUCGUUUCUGAAAAACGCUAUAUCACGCCUACAGAUGCAGCGGGGGACGGGAAAAAGGUGGCGCCGUGGUUGAGAAGCAGGGGGUUCGAUCAGGCGGGAAGGGAGAUGGGGGUGGAGAGGGUGUUGAGACCGCUCGAAGGGGCGCUUGUCAUGCGUCGCUAGAAAGCGGAGAACGUGUUGUCGAGAUGCAUGUAGAGCAAUCCCUUUGAAUUCUCGAGCAUAUGAUCUAUAUUCUAUAAAUGCUUCACAAGUCUGUAGAGUACGAGUACUGUACAAGUCAAGAAAGUCAAGAAAGAGAGGCUGCUCUGCAUCGUUAUCCUCUCCCGCCGGCACCACGAGGCGAGACCCACAUAAGCACAAAGGUUGAACCAAACGACAAUGGCAUAAGCACCCCUCCAUAUUACGUGACACUUUCUCAAGA